AUGAUGACGUUACGGGUGAUAAUUACUUGCGUAUCUACCUCAGGUGGUCCACUGAUCAGUAGCAUUUCAUUUGAGAGAAGGGAAUCGACAGUAUCUUUCUUACGGUUUGUGGCUAGGAAAGUCGCCGGAUGGGUAACUGUAGAUAUUGAAGACUACGAAGAUCACUCUGGAAAUGAUGAGAUUAUCCAAACUCUGUUGUGUUUUCCAAAAAUUAGGGGCAUCAUUUUUCGUCGACCUCGAUGUUUUUGCUCCAUGUGUUCUGCACUGGUCACACACGCUGGUCCCGAUGUACAAAUAGUUGAACAUUGUGGAGAUAGCUCAGACAGCGAUGGAGAUACAUUUUACUGUGAAGAGGCGACUACUGGUAGCGCAGAUUCAGAGCUAGAUAGUUAUGAUGAUCUUUGUCUCCGGGAUGAAGACGACUUUUGA